AUGAAGAGAACCAAGGUCGCCGUCGUGGUUCACAAGUCGGCCGUGGCCCGAAUGUGGACAGACAUAGGCAUUUUCGAGUGUGAUGUUGCUGGGGUUUUGAGACUUCUUCCGGAACAAAAGCUUACAGCUGUUAUACGAAUGUUAGCGUAUGGUUCAUCUGCUGAUCAGGUGGAUGAGAUUGCCCGGAUGGUGAAAUCCACUAUGUUGGAGGCCUUGCAAGGAGAUUACAGAAAUAGAAAAUGCCAAAAAAGUAUCAUCUUUGAAGCCGUUGCUGGAUUCGAUACAUGGGUUUGGCAUGCCUUCUUCAGAGUUGCCGGAUCUCAAAAUAACCUCAACGUGCUGGGUCAAUCCCCGGUUUUCAACGAUGUUUUGAAAGUUGAAGCCCCAAAUAUCACCUAUCAAAUCAACAAUACCGUCUACCAGACUGGGUAUUAUUUAGCAGACGGCAUCUACCCGAGGUGGACCACAUUUGUCAAAUCAAUUCUGAAUCCCCCGAUCCUAGAAGCAAAGAUUAUUUGCUUCCUAUCAAGAAGGAUACAGGAAAGAUGUCGAAAGGUGUUUUGGCAUCCUCCAACCUCGGUGGUUGAUUGUACGGAAAUGGCUCGUAUGUUUGAUGAGGAGGUGCUAAGGAGCAUUAUGAUGACUUGCAUCAUCUUCCAUAAUAUGAUUGUGGAGGAUGAGUAUGAUAACGAUGCUGUAGAGGUCUACGAACCAGAUCCCAUGAACACGGCCCUGACACGAAUUUAUAAAAGGCUGGUGGGGCCAAGUAGAGAACCAUUGGAGCAGGAACCGUUGGUUAGGGAUGGUCGUUUCAUGACCCGUGAUUGA